AUGAGAAUAGUUUUGCUCCUAGCUGGUAAGAUUUACUUUUUUUCUUCUUUUUUUCCAGUAGAUUGAGAAAAUGUUUCAAGUUUUAAUGCCUGUUAUUCUGUCAUUAAGUCACCAGGACCUGACAGCAUCAAAGUGUAUUAUCAGAGUUUUAAAGGGCAGAUGAAUAGAGGCUGAAUAGAGAGUCUGCAGUGAUUGUUUGGCAUGAAAACCUGCAUACUCUUGGUUUCUCGGGUCAUGAUUGUACAUGUUUUAAUAACCCUGAAAGGAUUUUAAUAGUCCAUGUCCAUGUUAAGCUGCUCCACCCUAAGGAAAGUGACUUAACACUGGGAUUUCUCUGAAUUUCAAAGAAACACUUUGGCUUUGUCUAAAUCACAGGCCGGCAUCCUUUUUGAGAACUCAAGAUGCGUCCAACUUUUAAUAUCAGGCAUGAGGGUACAGUGAGGUUUACGAGGGAAAUAGAAAACCACUGAAGAUAUGUGGAUGUGAUCUUUCUCAAACUUACUCAGCAAAUUCUCAGAAGCCUUGUUUUGAUUUAAAUCAGCUUCUCUGCUCAAAGAAAACUGCAGGACCUGAAAGCGUACAGUUAUCAUGAUUUCACAGCGAAAAGAAUUAUAAUCAGUGUUACAUAUAAAUGAAGUACAGAUUGAUGAUUAGGUUAGGAUUUAAUGAGAUGUCUACCAUCUUAUAAUGGUUGGACAGAAAGUCAAUCUUUGUUUUAACUGAGCAAAAACUGACCUGCUCUCUUAUCGGUAACGGUUUUAAAGAACCGUGAUCAGCCAACCACUAGUUAAGAUGUCCUGUCUACUUUGACACCUCUUUCAUUUUGAUCUCUGAGAUAAACACUGAACAUGUUUGUGGUCCCAAUUCCCCUAAGGUGGGUCAUAAAGGUAUCUGGCAACACUUGACCUGGUCGAAUUGAGAUUUAUGGAUAACUAGAGUUUGUUGUGAAUUUGUAUGAACUGGCAACUUGAUAAUGGAGGAUCGUACUUACCAUGCAUCACAGGAGCUUCUUGUCCUCAAAGGCCCCUGUCGCUUCACUGAUAGGAGGGGUGGGGGAGUGUCUUCAUCUGUUACACAUAGCUGAAUAUUCCCAUUUCUACAAACUGUACCUUUAAUAACUAACUGAUUGUGCAAGUGUGCUAUCCUCAAUUAGAAAAGUUAAUUCAGCCUCAAAUGAGAUUCCAUGAGAUAGAGCUAAGUGGGGUUUCACAUAAACCACUCUAUGAAAACAGUCAGAGAAUAAAGUAGCCUGUACCGUACAACUUAUUUUCUCUCUAAUAAAUGUUUUUUGAGCCUCUUUAACAUAUUUGCCAACAGACCUUACAACAGCAGAAGCUGCCUUGUCGAAGAGAAUCGGUAGUUCAAGGAGCUAAGUUAGCUAACAGUAGUGAGAGUGAAGCAUGUACAACGUAAUUUAAUCAACAUUAGCUAUGUGAGUUUGGGGCCAAGAUGACAUUCGUCUUGAUCUGUUUUUUCAACUUAUUUGUUUUGUCUUAUGUACCUCUCUUAGCCUGUAGGUCUAGAAAUAAGUGUAUAUUAGUAUUUGUACAUACAAAGCAAGCAGGACAAUUACUGUUGCCUGGCAACCAUGCUCCACUGUUUACUGCAAGAAUGCCAAUGACAAGACUUGACUGUUUCCUUUUGAGGGUAGCAGCUGGCUGAUGAUUUUUUGGCAACAUACUUGUCAAUGCCAUGAAUGAAAUGUAAUUUUAAUCUUCAAUCACCUGGGAAAAGCGUGUUAGACUUCUGAAACGUUAAAGAGCUCGUCCUUCUCUCUGAUUUGGACUGAGCUUAAGAUGAAUGAUGUCUUUGAUGACUACUUUCUCAUUGUGUCGUCUUCUUCCUUCUCACAGCUAUUGCUGCAGUAUCACAAGCCCAGACUGACUGCUCUCAGGGGGCCUGUUACCCACCCACCAAUGACCUGCUGCUGGGCAGAGGUCACCAGCUUCAUGCCUCCUCUACCUGCGGACUCACAGGCUCCGAGGUCUUCUGCACCCCUUACCAAGAGGUAGGAAAACACUCCUUUGUUUAAUUCCCAGGUGUUUGGAGGCUCUCAUGCACUGAACCCUUUAUCAUCUUGAAAAAAGGUUGACUUCCUGGCAGGUGAAGGCUGCUGACUUUAUACCUGAACAAAGAGGACAGUUUACAUGGGCAGCAAAAAGAUAGAAAGUAAAUUUUAGUUAUUGAUAUUGGCUUAUAAAAACUCAUAUCAGUCAUCUCAGGACACACACCCCCGUGUACACCCAGAUCACACAUGGGUUUUGCACCAUCAGGAGGUGUAGAGGUCAUGGUGAACAGACAGCUGUGCAUGUGUCUAUGAUGGUUUUGGCUGAAGCAUCAAUUUUUGAAACAGUCUGAUUUGAGUGCCAGAACAUUAUGUUGCAACUGUACUGUUUGACAAGUGACUGGACACCAGCAACCAUGUGCAGGCUCAGCAAAAAAAUCUACCAAUACCGUGUGAGUGCUGGUUUUGAAAUGAAAUUUAACUUUAGAAAUGAGGGCACACAGUAGGCAAGAAGUGAAAUGGAUAUUUUUGCACAAAUAAAGUGGAGAAAGGUUCCACAUUAUUCCUUAGUUCCUACAUUGAAAUACAGCUGCAGUAUAACUGUCAGUGGGGCUGUAUGAACUGCCCUCAUCCACUUUUUUGGCUAAUUUUGUUAAAUUUAAGUUUAGUCGUCUUGUGCAUGCUUUGAAGCUGGUACUCUUUCUGGCAGAGAGUUUGUAGAGUCCUAUAAAAGAUGAGUAAGUUGUACAGCUUUUGAACUUCGCCAUGGUCAAAACGUGAUAAGAAGGAUGGUGCAACAUGGACCAAGUGACCAGCAGAGAUCAGCAGGACUCUUACCCAACUGCUCCUAAAUCUGCUGAAUGUGUUAAAUGUUUCAUUCCUUCUUUUCAAAAUAACUGCUUAGUCAGAGAAAUGCUGUGAUUAUGGUGGUCACAUUUUUAUAUCAUGAUAAUUAUGCCCCCCCCCCCCCCCCAAAAAAAAAAAAAAAAAAAAAACUAUAUUAUUGCAAUAUUAAUGGAAAACUUUAAAAAAUAUAUACUGCAUAGAAAGGUGAAACAUGGCUGGAAAAACAUUGUUCAAUUUGCAUAAACAUUUCAUCUAUUAGUCAGGGAACGAUUAGUGAUACUUUUAUUUUGACAUUUGUACAGUCUAGUGUUGAGGUUGCUUUUUCUCUGUGUUCUGAAAGCAUGCUUUUAUUUUGAAAUGAAAUGAAUGCUACUCCCAGUGGAAUGUGAGUACACCUAAAAGAUGGUCAGAAAGUAUACUUAAAUGAACAUCACUUUUAAAAGGGUCUAACUAUCUUUCUGUGGGCUGAGCUACCUCUGCACGACACUAGAUAAGCUAACAAAAAGACUACUGCCUGCUACUGUGAACCAACAUGUUUCAUGGUAUGUUUGGUUUAAGCACAAUGUCAACAUUUAAUUUUUCCAAAAGGGUGGUUCUUGUCCAUACCGCUUUGGUAUGACAGCCUGAGUAGAGGUUUUUCUUUAUAUUUCAUUUCAUUUAUUUAAAGGAGGAAAAAAGUUUUUUUUCAACUUGUACCAAAGCAAAGAAAUCUUUGUUAAUUAGUUAAAUGAACUUCAUCGACUGCCUUGCAUUUAAAACUCUGAGUGUCUCUCAUAAAAAUGUUCACUUAGGUAACCGAAGCCUCACAAUCCAAAUCCAACCUUAAAGACACAGCAGCAGUGACACAGAGACAGGAUAACCUUUGUGUUGAGGUUACAUAAUUUCCAUUCCUGACAGGGUGUGUUGUGUUGAGCACUCCUCAGGGCAUGGAUAUCCCCCCUCCAAUUCAUCAACACUUUCCCCCUCUGAUUUUUUUUCUUACCUGAGCCACACCUUGUCCAGACAGGGAGGGGCAGGUACACUCAGCUGUAUCUCAGCUCUGACACACACACAAACACUCACACACGCAUGCAUGAGUGGCGAUAAAGAGAGAGAAUUACAAAGAUGAAACUUUGCAUAGAGCCGUCAGAGCGACCUGUCAGUUCUUGUUAGGUAUGCUUAACCACGGAGCCACAUUUUGUAACAAAUGAUCAAACCAAUAUUUUUUAAUGAAGGCCUCUCUGACAGAUAGACUGCUCUGCUGAAAGAUUAAGAUGCUGUUAGUUACAACAUCCAUCAGAUAAGAGGAUGCAGACAGAAUUUUACUGUGUCACAAUGUUGUCUGUCAAUGAUUUCUACAGUUGAAACUGUAAAGCCUGGUCUUUGCGGUGGGCCAGGUAACUUGUAGCUGUGACUUUCAUACUUCAAACCAAUGUAAGGGGGUAGGUGCUGGCUGAGCAGCAGGAGAAACAACCCUGUUUGAUUUAUCUAAUUACAAUAAUGAUAGAUUUGUUUGUCAAAAGUCAGCCGGAUAUUUUCUUUUUUUUGUCAUUAGACAAUAUUCAAGCAUGAAGAGGCCAAGGAAGACAUUAGAGUUGCUGCAAGGAACUUUUAGUUUGUGUCAAUUAUGGCGCACCCUGUGGACAAAGAUAUACCUUUUCUCUCUCCUUUGGCUUUCAUGUGUAAAAUAAGUGUUUCCAGAAAAAAAAAAAAAAUCCUGUCACCUCUUGGUUCCAGUUUUACAUAUUUUCAGAUUUACAUGACCAAAGGAUACUAAAUAGUUGAGUGAUUUUUCCAGUUUGCCCCCAACAUGCUCACACUGUCUUCUCGAGUCAGUAAAAAAGUGACCUAUAGGUCUUUAAGUUCUGAAACAAUCUGCAAAAUGACUGAGGAAAUAUCUGCACACCAAUUUAAAAAUUCCAUAAACUGAGAAAAAUACAGUAAGCAUUCAGACGGUGCAGAAAGGUAUCUAAGACAGUUGAGAAGGUUACAGCGCAGCAAAGCUUCUCUCUCAAUCAGGUGAGACUGAGGUCAGGUGAGACUGAGGUCAGGUGAGACUGAGGUGAGGUUGCGUUUUUUCUUACAUAAACUCACUCAGGUCAGGUAACCUCAGAUUAGGUAACAUUCACAGUUUUGUAUUGAAAAAAAACAACUUUUUGUUUAAAACUUUAAAGCCUAAAUGAGCCCGUAAGCAUUAUUUAUAUUCAUACGUUGUAGUAUUUUCCUGUUUGCUAGACUCAGUUAAUCUAAUUGAAGGUGGCUGCUUGGUGAAAGUCUUUGUUAAUUUUCUGGGUUUUAUCUGACUGAAUCUACCUUGACCCUCACAGGUGAUGGCUGAAGAGAUAAAAAUCCUAUAGACUAAAUUAUGAGACUCACCGAGAGUUCACUGUUAUCUCAGUGACAUAAUGACCAUGACUAUCCAGCCUCCUUCUUAACACAGUUUCAUAGUAUAUUCAUUGAGUUAGAGCUCGAUGAAGAUUGAACAGAGCAAAAACAUGUAUAUUUACUUCCAAGUUUCAUGUUGUUUAAACAGGUUUGUUGUCCUUCAUCCUAGUUCACUGCUACUCUGUUCAAAUCAAAGACCUUUGAGUGAAAAACAAGUUAAAGCGAGUGUGAUUAAGGGUUGUUUUUCGAUGCAGGGGAGUGGACUGGGCUCAAAAAAACAUUUCCUUAUCAGCAGGAAAAAGCUAACAGGCCUCUCUAACUUCAUAGCCCAAGACAAAACAUCUGAACCAGUGCAUGAAAAGAAAAAUUUAAAUGCAGAAGAUAAAACUGACGAAAAGAUAAAAUGUAUCAGUUGGUCGCAACCUGGGGGGCGCCAACCAGAGAGGAACGCCACCUGCCAACAAUUAAGCAUGUUUACAAAAAGUAGUAAUAUAUAAAAGGUAGCAGAAAAAGCAAACAAUUGAAAGGUUGAAAUGAGUGUUAGAAUUAAGAGAAACAUACAACAGAGUAUUAGGGCCACAUUCAAACCAUAAAAUUUAAGACUUCAAGAUCAGAUUCGUUAUUUUACGAGAAUUAAGUCAAUUCUGAUGAGAAUAAAGUCAUUAUUAACGUGAAUUCAGUCGUAAUAAAGUCCUUAUAUUGUAACCUGUUGUUUAAGAUGACAGUUGUUGAAAUGAGAGCCAUGGAGCAUUCCAUGAAAAUAUUCUUCAAUAUAGGUUACUCAAACAAGGAGAUACUUGAUCUUUGGGACAUCAGCACCACAUUUCAUAAGUAUCAAAAUGAUUUUAUUACGACUUUAUUCUCAGAAGUCAUUACUUUAUUACGACUUUAUUCUCUCAAGUAAUGAUUUUGUUACAACUUUAUUUUCCUAAUUACUUUAUUCUCGUAAAUUUUUGACUUUAAUCUUGAAGUCUUAAUUUGUUUUUUUUUCUUAAUGCGGUCCUACUACUCCGUUGUAGAAACAUGACGUGCUUAUGUAUGUAUACAAAUAUAAACUUACUUUAUAGACCACACCUUUGCCAAACUGUAAACAUGAGCAAACCUUUGUUGGUGAUUUUUACAUGCUCUUCUUUGAGACCUGACUCCUCUUUGGAGUGAGCCUCUAGUGGCCACUCAAGGAACUGCAGUUCUCAUUUUUCUUCUCUCCCUCUCUCUCUGCCGGGGGGUUGUCACUGCAUUGAGUCAUGUUGUCGCAAAGGAAAACUUGAUCCAAGUCAUUUUUUUUCUUGGACAGAAGAGCAGAGGGAACUUUCUCCCACAGGGACAUCAGCCAACUUCUGCCAGCGUGGCGGACGUGUCCAGAGUACUUGAUGUAGAAAGGGGGGGCUGGUCUGAUGAAAACAGCGGAUAAAGACAAAUAUACCUUAUUGUCUCUUCAAACACCUGAGAACUCACCAGGAGAGAAAAACAGCUCACUAAAUGACUCUGAAAAUGAAGACUCAGCCUUGAUCUGUUUACUUCAGUUCAUUGAGUGUUUAUUUGCUCUGUGAAUACACAGAUGCUUCACUCUGAGUCCAAUCAUGUAAAAAGUGAAGCUUAACAUCCAAAUAAGGCUUUUUUUUACUGCUUUUUCUGUGGUCCCCAGUCAAACUACAUGGAGGUAUUUAUUGGAAAUUAUUAUUUAUUCGAAAACAUUUUGAGAAUAAACUAGGCCAUGAUCUUUGUUUAAUGUGGGCAAAGUUUCCACAAGUUAUUGACCAACUGGAUUAAACAUUGUUAAUUCAAAACCCUGCAGGAACUUUAGUCAUCAGAUUUCACAUCUGAGCAUUAUUGAUUCUCUGUCCUUUGGGCCGCCAACUGACCCGUGCAGUGACACAUCUUAUCUACCUGGCACAGAGAUGGGACAGAAAGACAGAUUUAGAAGUCAGUCCUGGGUCCAUGGGUCAGUUUCAGGACAAAUAUCCAACACCAGACUUAUGUAAUCUAGUACCAGUAUUUUAAAAUCACAAAUGGAGUUUUCUUAUGUGUGUUUUGUCUUUUCAGAGGAGAAUGAAGUGCUGUCCCUGUGACUCCAGGAACCCAGAUGGCCCACUCGCCCACACGAUCAAAGAGGUCCUUUCCACAUCCUCACCAGACAGAUGGUGGCAGUCAAAGAAAGGUAGAAAGAUAUGAAACUAAAGUUUAUUGCUAUCACAGAAUAUCCACACUAUACACAGGUGACAACAUCACUGUAUCACACCCCUGAAUUAUUUCAAAGCAACUGGAGAAAAGCCAGUGAUAAUUUCAAAUUCCCAGUUUUAAUACCAUAUUUGGAUCAAAACUUGUUUAUAGCAAAGGUUAUGCAUCACCAGCCACAUCCAUGAUAUAAAACAGUUUACGGACACCACCCUUGGAUCAGUUUUGCAUACAAAUAGACACAUCUAUACCAUCAGCAGGUGUGUAGGAUACGAAUGAGUCAGUCAAAAUUGCAGUUCAGCUCCUGCACACUGUCCAAGUUGCAAAAAUGACACAUUCACUUUUCCUUUAACAUGUAAGCUCUUCUAAGUUACUACAAAGGGACAGGAAUGACCGUCAGAGGUGUUACUGACACAGAGAGAGGUCUCUUUUUUGAGUUUACUUCAUUGGGAAAAUGAACAUUGAUCAUCAGCUUACCUGUGUGAUAAGCACAAUAGCUGUAUCCCAUCCAUAUAGUUGUACUGCAGGUACUCAAACUGUAUUUUUCCUGAUGUGUUGAUCUGGAAAACACAUUUCUCACAGACUCAGUGGAGGAUUUGAGAUUGUGAAAUACACGGGUUGUAUAUUUACUGUGGUGUAUUAACAAAUGAGUCAUAAUCUGUUGAGGAAUAAAUCUGCUGUUUAAGGGAGUAGACUUGGGCCUCCAAGCAAUUAAAUCCUGCAAUGAAUAACAAAGGCUGUGUAUUUUAUUCUCUUUUAAUUCCAACAAAAAGAAAAAAAGACAGAAGUUUGGGCAAAGUCUACUCCUGAGUGUCCUUUUUUAUUUUAUUUCUUUUCCACAUCAUAUUGAUAGAAACACAUUUUAAGCCACCCUCCCCUCAAAGUUUAGGAGCUUAUAGGUUUUAACGGAUCUGAACAGCACCCUCUGCUGUCAGGACACCAGACAACAUCUGCUCGUUCAACUUUACUUUAUUUUUCUGAUCACACAAGAGCUGUCACAAUAUAAGAUUUUCGUCUGAUUACUGAGGCCAUAAAAUUUCAGUACCACUGGGUUAUUUAUGGACAAUCAAUCAGUAUUAUUGAAGAAAGGUAUGACUUUGUAUCAUGCAUUGUAAAACUUUUAUUUUAAAGGAAAGAAAACUUCUGGUAUCUUGUGAAACUGAAUGAAAACAUAAAAAUAAUGAUCAGACAGUAAACAAUGUUAAAUUUAUAAGUCAAACAAAGAAGCACAAGCUCUGAGGUUGAUUUUGGAUUCACUGCUAAGCUCUAAAUGUUAGUGUUUAGAAGAACCCAAUCAUCUCUCUUCAGCAGUCUGCUACUUCUUCUUCAUGGGUCUUUGAUGGGAAUGUGCCUGUUUGUCUUUCAGAGGUGGAACCAGUCACUCUCCAGCUGGACCUCAACAACCUGUUUCAACUUGACAACCUGGUGCUCAAUUUCAAGGUGCGUCACUCUUGAAAGUCUGAUGAAUUUCACGAUGUUUCUACUUUGUUAAUGUUACGUAUGUUGUUCCAAAAACUUAAAGUCUUUUCGUUUUGCCCCUCUGCAGGGUCCUCGUCCCAAUGCCUUGAUCAUAGAGAGGACUCUGGAUAAUGGCGACACAUGGCAGCCUGCUCUCUACAUGGCUACAGACUGUCGAAGCUCUUUCCCUGGUGUCUCAACAGUAACUCCUGUGGACCUGGAGCAGACAUACUGCUUUACACUGCCCCCUAUUGGAACAAAUCCAUACCAAGAUCACACAGUAAGGACGCCUCACAGUAUGAAAUUUUAAAAAGGGAAUGAUAGUUAUCAUUCAUGCAAUUUAUAUUAGUCAGCUAUCAUCAAUAUCAUAUUAUUAAUUAUAUUAUUCUCUAUUUUUAUACCUUAUAUUUAUUCAUAUAUUUAAUGUGAAUUAUACAAGUAUAUUUACUAAAACAUAUACAUAGAUGUUUAUGUGAAAAGCAUGAGCAGGAAGUCCACUCAAAGUGAGUUGAUUGACAGCUUGACCCUGACAAAAAAAAACAACAAAAAAAAAAAAUUAUAAUAAUAAUAAUAAAGAUUUUAUGUAUGGGUAAAAAGGUCAAUAUUCUGAGAUGAAUGGAUAACAUCCAUAAUAUUAACAUAAUGAAGUCAGAUAAAAUAUGAUUUUCUCUUCUGCAGAUCCAGUUCAGUCCUCUGCGUCAGUACACUUACGUUCCUGUCCCGAACAGUGAAAAAAUCAGGGGUACGUUUUUUCUCUCACAGACUACAUCCUGAUCAAAACAGACCUUCCUGUGACUGACAGCUGUCUCUUUCACAGGCCUAUCAGGGAUCACAGGGCUCAGAGUGAAGCUGGAGGAGCUCGGAGAGGUCCCUCAACUUCCAGGCAGAGCUCUCAGCAAGUUUUUCGCCCUGAGGGACAUGAGAGUGAUCGGCAGCUGUAUGUGCCAUGGACACGCCAACAGAUGUCUGCCAGGAACCUCCAGCUACCCGCAGUACAACAGUAUACCGGUAUACAUUUUAGAGUUCUUUUUAGAAUAAAAGAAACAGCUUUACAGCUUGUUAUCUCUGUUUACCUUUGUUAUUGUCGUACCUGUAGUGUCUGGUAAGAUGCAGGACUAGCAUUGACUGCAUCCUCAAGCUCUUAUUUAGACAUCAAGCUGGAGGACUUUCGCAAGGCCAGAGUAUUUUUAUGCAGAUGCUUGAAUCUGGUGAAUUUAAGGAAAAUAAUCUCCAAAACAACCAAAUUCUGCAAGAUAAAAAAAAGUCUGGGCAGGGAGAGCAGCGGCAAAGAUUCACCAGGAGAAGAAACAAGAUAUCAGUGACAAUACAUAUGACAGAGAUAAAAAUCAGACACAGGGUGGAUGUGGGUUGCAGAGUUGUUUGCAGCUGACCUUUAACACUACAUCUGCUCACAGGCUUUUUUUUUCUUCAUUCACAGGUGAACCCUCAGUGCGACUGCCAGCAUAACACAGCAGGUAUGAACUGCGAGCGUUGUGCUGAUCUCUACAAUGAUCUGCCCUGGAGGCCUGCUGUGGAGGACAACACUCAUACCUGCCAACGUAAGACAUCCGUCAUUUGGAUAAUCGGUUUCAAAGGCCGAGGCUCCUUAAGUUAAACUUUAGACUCGUCUUGGAGCCAAAACAUCUUUGUAAUACAGCGAUCUUUCUCAUUUACCGUUGGAAAAUGUAAAUUUUGUUCACUGUCCUGUGUCCUUCCUUCAGGCUGUGAAUGUAACAAUCACGCCCAGCGCUGCCAUUUCGACCAGGCUGUGUACGAGGCCAGUGGACGAAGGAGUGGAGGUGUGUGUGACGCAUGUAUGCACCACACUACAGGACCAAAGUGUGACCAGUGCGCCCCGGGAUACCAGCCGAACCCCCGCAGCCAAAUGGACCGCCCCGAUGCAUGCAUACGUAAGUUAUGAAAACUCUUUAGGCAAAAAAAUAAAUAAUUAAUUAAAAUAAUAAUGAGGGUUAUUUUGACUGAGCGGCUGAUGUUUAUGCUGUUGUUUCUGUCAGGUUGUAUCUGCAGUACUGAGGGGACAAUAGAAGGAGAGGGGUGUGACGACAUUUCAGGCUCCUGUCUGUGUAAAGCCAAUGUUGAAGGUCCUCGCUGUGACCGCUGUAAGAGAGGAUACUACGGCCUGAGUGCUUCCAACCCUCUGGGCUGCUCCCGUGAGUCAUUCAAGUCCUAUUUUAUCACACUUUCAAACACUCUUUGCUCUUUGUUAAUCUUAAAUGACUUUGCAUUGGUGCCUUUUUUUCUUUUUUUGCCCCUGCACCUCUAGUAUGCCUUUAAUAAUUCAUUGGUUUGCAUUUAAGAAACACUGUUCAGUUUAGAAACAGUGUAGAAGAUGUAACUCCAGGUUAGGUCCCAAACAUGAGUGCUAGAUCAGAAUAAAACUGCAUGAGAAGUGUAUAAAUGAGACCGCGCGUAUAGAGCAGUAUUUGAUGCAGUUUCAGCUCAUAGAUGAUUUUCCUAACUUCGGUGUAUUCUGUGUUUUUCAGCAUGCUCCUGCUCUGAUGACGGGUCACUGUCAGAUGCUUGUGACCCGCUGACCGGACAGUGUCUCUGCCGUCCCCACUUCCACGGUCGCACCUGCAACAUGUGCUCAAAAGGCUACUGGAAACCGGCUCUGUCAGGGCGCUGUGAACUUUGCGGAUGUGACCCCACCAGGUCAUACAGUGACGCCUGUAAUCAGGUAUGUACCCACACCCACAGUCGAGUUCACACAAGUUUCUCCUUAUUGGAUAAAACCCCAAAUUACCAACAAAAGAGAAAUAUAUGCACUUCAAAGUGAAGUGUUACUGAUUAAAGUGUCAACACAAAUUUUGCGCUUAAAACUAGAUAACAGAGAUUUUUCUUCUGAAAAACAGUCAGUGAUAUCAUUUUGGUUUCUUCUCCUCAGAUAACAGGUCAGUGCGAUUGCAGACCAGGAUUUGGAGGAAGACGAUGUACCGAGUGCCCGGCUAACUCAUACGGAGACGCUCUGGUUGGCUGCCAGCGUAAGUCUGCACUCCUUUACCGAUCUAUUCACAGUGAAGAUGCAUUUACCGUAGCUCCAUUGGAGGUUGUAGUUUGGGUCCCUGUCUGACUGGUUUAUAGCAGCUCUAUGAUUUAAGCAUCAACAACUACAUUUAGACAGCUUUGUUUCUAAUGUCAAACAAAGCUUGAAUUAUUGCUGUCAUUAGCGGACAGCUCUGUACUAGUUUUGUGACAAAAGUGUAAAAAACAAACACGACUGUUUUACGAUUUGCACUUUUUAAACAGAGUGAGUGCUUCAGUUCUUGUAUAUUUCCCGUCCGCUGAUAUCCUUGUUCCUUCUUCCACAGCGUGCAAGUGCGACGCUGAAGGAACCCUUCCAGAAAUGUGCGACAAGAAGACCGGAGCCUGUUUGUGUCGACCGGGCGUCACAGGGACUCGCUGUGACUCCUGCAGCGAAGGACACUGUGACUCUUUCCCCACCUGCCAGUCCUGUCCCUCCUGCUACUUCACCCUGGACGCUCAGAGGCGGAACAUCAGUUUGACUCUGGAGAAGUUCUCCCCUGGUUUCCCUUUUCCUCCUGGAGGUACCGGCGACCCUGCAAACUUUGUGCCUCGUAUUCGCAUCCUUGAGAGCAUGCUGAACCAGAUCAAGGACUCCCUGAGUCUUCCUCCUAUUAGUGGCAAACAGAUCGAUGAUGCUCUGGAUGAACUGGAUAAGCUCAGGUGAGGGAAAAACCUUACAACCUCUCAGAGAAAUAAACUGUUUGUAAAUCUCUGGAUCAUUUUUGUGGAUAUUGAUUUAUUCUCUAAAAUGCAUUUUCUGUUCUUACUUUAAAUCAUUUUUCUUUUCUUUCAGGGAUCAGUUGGAGAAGAUCGAUGAUGAUCUACCACCUCUGACCAAGACUCCUGGUCUGGACUCAGAGCUGGAUAAACUGAAGGCUCUGCUGGACCGUCUCAAUGUGGAGUACAGAGACAAGAAAAAUGCUGUAGACAACACCAUCAGUCCAGACAAUUCAGGUCAGAAACAAAGACACACCUCUUCUUUUUGUUCUCAAACAAACAUAUCAACGUCAUACGAGGAAAAGUAAACUCAUGUUGAGUCUUUCUGUCCCACGCAGGAGCUUUUACUGCCAUCAAGAACGCCUACGACGAGUCAACAGACGCUAAAAAGAAAGUAGAUGACACUAAAGACACAGUUAAGCAGUCGGCUGAUAACAGAGAAGAAACUAAAGAUCUUCAUAAAAAUGUCCAGCCAACCAACACCAAAGAUCUGAACAAACUCGACCAGGACAUGGCCACCAAACCAGACCUCACUCCUGUGGCAAAGGAGGUAAAUACCAGGACUCAGGGUGCAGUUAUAGUCGCACGAUGAAAUGGAAAGCAAAAAUGUUCCUCCUGCGUAAGUUUCUUUUCAUCCUUCAAUUUGCUGCAUCGUGUGUUUUUGUGUCUCUUUCAGGUGUGUGGCAGCACUCGCACAGAGCCGUGCACCCCUCAGAAGUGUGACGGUGCAGAUCUGUGCCCACCUGAGGGAACCCCGCCCUGCAAAAAGGGAGAAAAGUGUGUCGGCGCCCUUCCUCUGGGUAAGAAGGCCGACACUGACGCCAAUGAUGUGAAAGACAAAGUGAACAAGCUGACAGAGAAGAUCACAGACGCUGCAGAAAAGGUGAGCACACACUCUCAUUUGUGUUAUAAACUUUUUUAAAGACACACUACUUUCACUUUUAUAUAAAGCCUUGAGACAUUUUCCAAAAACAGAUUGUUCAAGCAGAGAUGUCCUCUUUUUACAGCUCCAGGAGGCACAGGACAAAACCAAUCAGGUGCGAAAGACUGCAGAUAAGCUGAACAAAGAUGUGAAGAAGGCCAAAGACGAUCUGGAGGGAGACCUACAGGAGACCCGGGAUGUCGUGAAAGAGCUCAGAGACUUCCUGACAGGUAAAAACUGCUGGAGUGAAGAAGCUGAAUGGGUAAAUGAUUGGUUAAUCUGUAGCUUAUUUUGCCUCUAACUUUGUCUGUAUCCUCACAGACCCGACCUCCAACCUGACUCAAGUCAAAGAGGUGAGCGACUGGAUCCUGAAAGCCAAACUGCCUCUGCCCUACGAUGAUAUAUUGAAGAAGCUGGACGAGCUGAAGGAUCUGGCUGAUAACCUGCCGGACAGCACAGCCGUGUUGGAUGAAGCCCAGCCGCAGCUGGACACCGCCAAGAAACUGCUGGAGGACGCAAAGAACGCCAGGUGGGCUUUCAGACCACUGUAACUCCUGCUUUGAGCAACUUUCAGCUUUGCAUAUUUAGAUCUUUUUAAAUUAUUAUUUUUUUAUUUAUCUAAUUCAUUGGUUAAACUCAAGAAAAUUCAAUAUACAGUGUAAACCCAGACAAGUUCAGAAUAUAAAUAAUAAUAAUAAUAAUAAUAUCUUACAUUUAUAUAGCGCCUUUCAGGAUACCCAAGGCGCUUAACAACACACUACAAAAAAAAACACAUAAAAAAAAAAACUAAAUACGUUAUGUUAGAUUUUUGUCGUAAGCGAGUACACAAGGACCCUUAAGUUAUGCUGGUAAAUUUAUUGAGUUACGCUAUACUUAAGACACCCUGUUUUUAGUUUGUAAUGUUCAAAACAGUUAACACAAAUGUUCCCAAAUCUGAAUGAAAGGAAUCAGAAAGAAGAAUAAUCUAUAAUCUGCCCCUUUACCCCAAGAAAUUAAUUUUCAAAAAACUUAAAUGGAAAAAAAAAAUCCUGUAUCCUGCAGGUAACUGCCAGUAAAAAUCUACAAGAAGUCCAGCACGUUACAAUAAGUAUUGAUUUUUACCUCCGCCAAGGAGGUUAUGUUUUCGGUAGCGUUGGUUUGUUUGUUUGUUUGUCUGUUAGCAACUUUACGGAGAAAGUAACAGACGGAUUGACCUGAAAAUUUCACCAGAGGUGUGUCUCAGCCCCAGGAGGCUCCCAUUAAAUUUUGGUGGUGAUCCGGACAAAAUUCUGGAUACUGUGAUCCAGAACACACAAAAAUAAGGGUGUCGUUGGAAUUUUCAAUGAUGAAAGACAACCAAUGGGCGGCACAGUGGUGUAGUGGUUAACACUGAUGCUCACAACCAGAAGGUUGUGGAUUCCUGAGGCUUUCGUGUAUCUUCAUACAUUUGUUUGAAGUGUUCUUCCUCCGGUUGCGUUCACAGGGACAAAGCAUUAGGCGUCAAAGAUGACGUGGAUGGCAUCCUGUCAGGUUUGGACACAGUCGAGGACUCAAUGACUGAUCUGGAGGAGAAGCUGCAGGACACCAUGGAUCAGAUAGAUGAGCUGAAAGACAACUUGACGAAGGUAUGAAGCAUGAUAACGUCACAGAUUAGAACUCACAGUGACUCUUUAUUCUUUGGGUGUUGAUUCAAAGUUUGUUUGUUUUUUUUCAUGCAGGCGAAUGACCAGAUGACUCCAGCAGAGGAGGCACUGGAUGAUAUAACAAAACUGAUCGAGCCGCUUAAACCUCAGCUGGAUGAUCUGAAAAAGCUGCUGGAUGAUACUGAACCGACAGCAGAGGAGGCACUUAAUGACGCAGAGGACGCUGUGACUGAAGCAGAUGAUGUGAAGAAGGUGAGAGACCCGCUCAGAAUAAGAAUAUUUACCUUAUUUACCAAAGUUAUAUCAAAACUGAUGUGAAGUAGAGGUUCAUAUUUCAAAUUUUCAAUAACUUUAUUGUUCAUUAGGUUCCCCAUUAGCUUUUGUCAAGACAAACUUAGUCUUCCAAGGGUCUAACACAGAAAACAGAAAAAAAACCGUAAAAAACUUUGAUGUAAAUUUGGAUCUCAGAGAGCAUCAAACUUUAAAUAAAAUAUCAAAAGUUUACCCAUCAAUCCAUCCAGCUGCUCUGAAUUUAUGCCAUCAUCUGGGAAAAUCCAAAUUUUGUGUUAUAAAUGGUUUCUAGAUCAAAAAAUGAUCAUAAAACAGGCGUGGAAAUGUAAGGGUGGUGAUAUGUGAAUAUGUGAUAUAUCUAAGGCAUUUGUUCCUGUUGUAACACAGUGAUAAUUUUAAAGGUCAGAUGAUUCAUUAAUUGUUCAACUUCAAACUUGAAUCAAACUGGUGAGCAGGAUGUCUUUAUCAAUGUGUUAAUGUGUUUGUUUUUAGGAGCUGGUUCCUCUGGAGGAUAAGCUGAAGGAGCUUAAAGAUAAGGCUGGCAAUUUGCCAGGCGGAGAAGAUGGACCAGUCGGGGACCGAGUGACAAAGCUAAAGGAGGAUAUUGGGAAUUUGGGCAACACCACCGACACCAUGUUAAAAGCUCUGGAUGGUAAGACAGAAAAAAAAAAAGCACACUACACCUCAUUUAUAGUGUCAAGAGAGUCCUCUGAGUUACUUUUACUACACCUGUAAGAGUGUACUGCUGUUCAAGUACAGUCCCUGUGUUUGAAUUUCCUCUUUUAGCAAGAAACAGAAACCCCAUGAGCUGUUUUUGUCUCAUUUGUUCUGUAAGUUCUGUUUAAACAAAAAAGAUGGAUCAUUACGGUCGAUAUCAAUCACCAAAAUCAUCAAAAUAAAGUGUGAAAAAAUACAACAGUCAGAACAUACAGACAAGAUCAGCAAAAACACCAGAGGGAUCACUUAGUCUACAGGGGGCGCCAAAUCAGCUUAAGCACAAGGUUCCUUAUAGGAGCUUUAGAGCUAAAAUUAGAAACGUAAAGAGAAAAAACAUCAAGAUAAAAAAGAACAAUCCAAAUGAAUAAGUUAAUAUGAAAGGCAGCAUUAAAUACAAAUCCCUCACUCUUAAGCAGACUUCUGCUCUAAAUGACUCUAAUGUGCCACCAGUAACAGCGAGGUGUAGAUAAUCUUAUAAGAGCCACAUGCUGUUCAAACUCAGGUGUUUGUUUGGGUGUUUGUAACCAGCUCGCUCACUCAGCUCUUGCUCUUUUCCAGGUAAAGCAGAUUCCCUAAAGACACUGCAGGACGAGAUCCUCGACAAGUCAUCAGUGCUUGACGGACAUAAAGCUACGCUUGAAGACCUGCUGGCAAAACUUCGAAAGAAAGCCGACGACCUGAGCACCUGCAAGGGCUAAGAGACUUCUUCUAUCUGUCUAUCUGCAGAGCGUCGUCAUCAUCAUUUCAUGCCAACCUUUAACAUCCACUUUGAAAAAAAAUAAUCUUCAAUUUACUUCUUUGUCUUUUUUUCUGGAAAUUUGUUUAGAA